UGAUUUUAUGUGUUUUAAUUGUCUGUGUGGAAAUAUAGCUGUAAAGCGUCGACACUAGAGAGAGCGGCUGAGGGAGUAUGGAUCUUGUAGUAAUCAAACCAAAAUAAACAAAGCGGGUCUUGGGCGGGUGCUUCUUAAUCCCGAAGAAAGAAAUGCAGAGAUUCUUGAGUGUUUUCGUGGCUUGGCGCGUCAGUACAAUCGGCAGCGGGUCCCUUCUUCGCCCCCCCCCGCCCAUUCUCCCGAUCCCCAAACACGGCUCCUGCUUUCCCAGGUGCUGAAAAACAGAGAACAGAGAAAAUAGUAAAAUUUACAUCUGUGACAGCCCACACUUUGCUUCCGUUUAACCAGACUGGGUUGCCUCUCCCUGCUACUCAGGCAUUGCAGUGCGGUAGAAUUCUCUCUCUUGACUAAAUCUGCUUCUUGAAAGAGUGGGAGAAAUCCACCUAGCUAUUUUGGUGAACAGCUGCUGAUAUUGACAAAGGGGCUGAGACUGGAUCUCUGAGAAUGGUGUGUGGAUCCCAGUGGAGACAGGCUGUUGCUCAGCUGUUCUGCCUUCUGUGAAGGUGCAGCCAUGUCUGUAAUGAUAGCAAGGAAGAAGGUGAUGCGGAAAUGGGAGAAGCUGCCAGGAAGGAACACGUUCUGUUGCGAUGGGCGCAUCAUGAUGGCCCGACAGAAAGGCAUCUUUUACCUGACACUCUUCCUGAUCGUGGGAACAUGUGCCCUCUUCUUUGCUUUUGAGUGUCGCUAUCUUGCUGUCCAUCUCUCCCCAGCUAUACCUGUCUUCGCAGUCGUCCUCUUCCUCUUUGCGAUGGCUACCCUCCUACGCACAAGCUUCAGUGAUCCAGGCGUGAUCCCACGAGCCUUGCCUGAUGAGGCAGCUUUUAUUGAAAUGGAGAUUGAAGCAACCAACGGAACAGUGCCACCAGGCCAGCGGCCUCCCCCACGCAUUAAGAAUUUCCAGAUCAAUAACCAGAUAGUGAAGCUGAAGUACUGCUACACAUGCAAGAUCUUCCGUCCACCCCGUGCCUCCCACUGCAGCAUCUGUGACAACUGUGUGGAGCGGUUUGAUCAUCAUUGCCCCUGGGUGGGGAACUGCGUGGGGAAGAGGAACUACCGUUACUUCUACCUCUUCAUCCUCUCCUUGUCUCUUCUCACAAUCUACAUCUUCUCCUUCAACAUUGUCUACAUUACCUUGAGAUCCCUGAAGAUUGGCUUUUUGAAUACUCUGAAAGAAACCCCAGGGACCGUCCUGGAGGUUUUGAUCUGCUUCUUCACUCUUUGGUCUGUAGUGGGUUUAACUGGCUUCCACACUUUUCUGGUAGCACUGAACCAGACAACUAACGAAGAUAUUAAGGGUUCCUGGACAGGGAAGAACCGUGUGCAGAAUCCCUAUAGUCAUGGGAACAUUGUAAAGAACUGCUGUGAGGUUCUGUGUGGACCUCUGCCUCCCAGUGUGCUGGAUAGGCGGGGUAUCUUUCUGCAGGAGAGUGCUAUCCAUGAAAGCAGUCCUGAGCCCAAAGUGCCAGAAGAGGGAAGCACAGAAGAGCCGAGUGCCCGGGAAGCCAGUGGGGACAGUGUCCUCCCAGAGGAGAGUGUGCUCCGUGGGCCAACAUGCAAGGUGCCACAGGAAACGGUGCAGCCACCUGCUAUGGCCGAACCGUCUGUUCCAUCCCUGGAUGAAGAGCAGACGACACACUAGCAUCUGAAGUGGACAUAUGAACGCUGCUUUUGUUUGGGCUUACUCCUUGUGGAGUGGGCGAAGGCAGGGAACAGCCUGGCAGGACAGUGGCCUUGCACGUUCCCUUUGGCUGUUUGUUCACCAGUGGUUGUGACCAGUGUCUACAAACUGAUGGAUGCCAGCAGUCCCCUUUCUAAUGGGUGCUGAGCGCCCACUGUGCUGCUGAGGGACUCUUCCCCCUGAAAAGGCAGCUGCUGCUGGCUGGAGCAGGCCCUCUUCUCCCGUCUUUGGUCUCUUAACACUUAUUGAGUGCCUCUCUAGCCUCGGCCCUGACAUCACUGGAGCAGACUGGGAAGAUGGAGCUGACGGCAGCGUUCUGUGCCAUCUGUCUACCUGUGGUUGCAGUAUUUUAUGUUGGCUGAACAUGGCUGUCAGUGGAGCCAAAAUGCUAAUGGGAGCUAUAGACAACCAGGUUUAUAAGUAGCACCUUUCCUAAGUGUUCUCUGCAAAACGGUGCCAUAGGGUAGCUUGGAGCCCCAAGUGGUCCUAAAUCAUCAAACGGUCACCCAGGAGAGAGCGCCAGGCUCCACUUGGCCGCCAUCUGUCUAGAUAUUGGAACUCUGGUGCGGUUUUGCUCUUUUCUCUUCCUCCUUUCUACAGUUAGUAUGUCUUUCUGGUCUUCUCUCAAUCCCUCCUUCCCACCAUCCCAGCCUUUCUUUGGCAGCAUUGGUGCUUGGAUUGGCUCUAAUCAAGGCUGACUAUGUUCGUUCUGACAAGCAGCUCAGUCAUGGUUAUUGAAGAGGCAGUGCGAGUCACAAGGGGGUAAAACAUGGGAGCAGAGGAACCGAUGGCGCUUGGUUGGAAAGGAUAAUGCUGUGCAGGUAUGAGAGGUGGGCCCCCCAUUCCAUGAGUUCUCUGUGGCCCAUAAACAUUGUGGUCCUCUGAGCUCAGUUGAUCCAGUGCUAAGUGAUGCUCUUGGUAUUAUCUGACUAAAUGGUAAUUGCUCUGUCCAGAUCUUCUUGUGCUUCCCAUUCCCUUCCCUGUUGAUAAGUGGGAGGAAGCUGCCAAAAAGAAGCUACAAGGAAGCCACGUUCACUCUGUAGUGAUGUUUGAGGAGGGGGUAGAUUUCAGUGCCAUUUCCCACCCACUCCUCAUUAAUACAGCUCAAGUGUAAAAACCUGCACUGUACUGUGCCCGUCAGACUGUAAGUGGAGGGACACUUUUUUAAACACUCCAUUCCCCCCCCCAACAAAAACCCAACCCUGCACAUGAGAAACCAAUUAUGUGGUGGGGAGAACUAAGUGGAACCUUUCUCCCUGAAAAGCUUUCUUCAUGCACGGAAUUUUUUGUGGGGCAUAUUACAAAAAAAGUAUUUACUGCAUCGUGGAAUUCUAACGUGUAGUUCAGCUGUCACUGAGCAGGGCACAUCCAGAGUGCAAUGGCCCACAUCUCCCUUGAGGGGGGAGCUCAGCAUUGCUUACGUGUCCCUAAGGUUUAAUCUUUUUCUGCGCUGUAGAUCAUUGGUGAAAGAAGAGAAAGCUGGGGGAAGGGGACGAUAAACUUCUUUGCUUCCCACUACCCUGAGCUGAACAGGUCUGCUAAAUCUUAACAAAUCCCUGCUUGUCUUGGGACAGUCACGUAGCCAGCUCUGCUGGGGCAUGAAGAUUGUGGAACACCCUGGCAAAGCUCCCACUGUGUUUCUGGGUAGUGACACACUCUGAUUAAGUGUGCGCUCUCAGUUUGCACAGGUAGGAUUAGAGUGUUUCCAGCAAGUCCCUUCCAACUGAUGUGUGGGAGGGGUAGUAGUAGCUGCAUCCCCUUCUGAAGUGGUGGUUAUGGUCCAUGUACCUUCCUCCCCCCCCCCACUCUAUAUGGUGGGACCCAAGAGCAGACUGAUGCACCUCCGGCAAUCUUUUCCUGACCCGUUGCCAGUGUUGUCCUCCUUCCUUGAGGCAAGGAUAGAGACUACCCCCAAAUCUCCCGUUACUGACCAUCUUUCAACAGUGUUGCAACCUUCUUGUUAAGAGUAUAUUUUCUAAUGUACUGUGUCAAAUUGCUCCAGGGAGCAGGAUGGGCCUGGCUGCCUUGAAUCUUUGGUGUGCUCCUGUGAUCUCAAUGAAGGCAUUGGAAUUUGUUGGAGUGUGUGUGUGCGCGUGCGUUGCCUUGGCACCAGUUGGUCUCCCCUGCUAGGCUUUAUUUUUGGUGUGCAGUUUGUGCCAGAGAUAGGCUUGCCUCAGUGCACGGUUCAGCAUUUACUUUAACUGUCUCUUUUGUCGUAAAAACAAGAGGCAGCCUGCCUCGUGAAGUAGCAGCUUUGCUAGGACAAUACCCUUUUGAUACAGAAGUAGCCACGCUGUGGGCAACUGGCCGUACCCGUUGGCAGAGCAGGAGGACCAAGCGAGGUGUACUUGACAUCUCUCACUGCCAGUCGUCACAACAGAAACCCUGCUUGGUGAAUCCCCUUCCUAUGAUUCAGGCUUUCUUAAAACUUGGCUUCUGAGGACACCCCCCCCCCAACAAUUGGGUGAGAGGUUGAUGUGACAAACUACAAGAACUGGCUAUUGUUACUGUGUGGGAGGCCACUACGACCUCAUUCCACAGUAGAGUUAAGGACUCCUUUCUCUGCUGGUUGGGCACAGGGAUGUGGUUGGGAAGGGUUGCCUCUAUUUCCCCCAAAAGAGUUCUGUAGUCUCAGCCAUAAGACAGGGAGGCCAGAGCUGUGGUUUGGAGGUUUAUUUAUUUAUUGGGAAUCCUGUACAAGAGGUUGAUGCCUAAGAGACCCUAGUUCAUUUUGCCAGACAGAGGCCAAUAUCCCUAGCCAGCAGUGUGCAGAUCUCCUAAUCCAAACAGUGCUGCUUGUUCUAGAGAUAGCUCGGCUGGCCUGGGAAUGUACCUACCUGUUGUUGACCAGGAUCUUCCUGUAGUACCACACACCAUUUUAAACAAAGAUAAUUUGGGGUAUAUUCAAAGAGAAAAGAAUCAAAGUGUCCAUUUUCAUCCCCCACUUCAGAUCAGGCCACUGCUACUUUUUCAGUUGUGGCUGCUACUAGGGAGCCUCUUCCCAUUUCACAGCACAGAGGGGAAGUCGGGGGAAGCAAUGGCUGCACUCAGUGCAUUGAUCUCUGUAUCUGCUGCUUUUCUGCAGGCCUACGGGUCAUAUUUAUUUAUUCCUACCUCCAGCCUUCAUUUAUGCAUAUGUUGUGCAUUGGAGUGGUGGUGGGGGCUGUUUUGAGCCGGAAGGGGUUGGGCUUAUGGGGAUAGCUGCAGCCAUCCUUGGCUGAAGAGAUUGUUCAGUAGUUCUCACUUCCUGAGCUUGGGUGGGGAGGGGGCAGUUUCAGCCAACAUGCAAGAAGGCCAAGUAUGCUUUUGCAGCGCAGCUGUUAUCUUCUGGCUUGGAGGCAGGAGCAUCUGAGAUGACUGCUUGCAUUUGCCAGGGUAGAAAGGGAAAGGCCUUAUCUCAGCAUGAGCCAGCCACAGAGAGAGGCUGCAGUCCUUCCCCCAGCUUGGAGUCAUCUCGCCCGCCGUCCAGUGUCUCUGUCCCUUCAAAACAGCCGGAAUCCCGGGGAAUGUCCCCCUUCGGCUCUCCAGGGACCACCUGAGCCUCCAAGCUUCCUCCUUCAUCUUCAGCCUCGCUGCUUGCUGCAGGGAGAGAAAUAAGCUGUUACAGGAAGAUAUGACUAUUCUGGGAGCUACACGUGGCAGAGAUGGGAGAUUGUCUUGCCCCAGGGCCUUGCCUGCCUAGUAUUAGCUGGUGCUGUAUCGCUUCCUAGAGGAUGAGAAGCAGCGGCUACAGCAACUGUGAAAGAGGGGCAGGAUGCUGUUCGUUGUUCAAACCAUCCAUGGGGGGGGGACACCCUGUAGGGAAACAGGAAGCUGUCUGACAUCAGGUCAGAUAAUUUGCCCAGCGCCAUCUACCCUUGACUGCCAGUGGCUCUCCAGGAAUGGGGUCUUUCCUAUCACCUGCUACUGGAUCCUUUUAACUGGUGAGUUUUCUGAACCUGGGACCUUCUGCCUGCGAAGCAGGGGCUUUACCAGUGAUCUAAAGAGUGUAGCGCAGAAGAAGGCAAUGGUAAACCCCUUCUGAAUACUGCUUACCCUAUUCAUAGGGUCGCCAAAAGUUGGAAUUGACUUGAAGGCAGUCCGUUUUCUGUUUGUUUUUUUUCAAAGAGUGUGAAUGGAAGGGGAAGAAACAAACUUUUUUUAAAACACAUACUGUCAUAAUCUAGCAGGAGGUCUGCUGCUGUCAGCAGCUUGGCACGAUGCUGUGGGUCAGUGAUAUUUAGCUCGUUCAGGUGAGUCUCCUGCAGUUCCUUGAAGUCCUCCAGGGUCUGGUAGCCAUUCAGUAGCAAUGUCGAGGUGUGCUCCUGGUGAGUGAGGAAGCGUCAGUGUGCUGACUAUGACCAGCUCGCCAGGUUUAGCUGCAGAGGAAGGGGGAGUGCAUGUGCUGCUACUAGGAUUGUGCCAACCUUAUUUUAGGGGCACAAGAGAAGUGAUGCAGCCACAGCCCAGAGGGCUUAUAACCUACAUGAGAGGGAGAAGAUGGGACUAGAGUAGACCCACUGUCCAGCAUGGGUUAGGGUGGUUCAGGAAAGAAGGGCCGCUUUCAUCUAUGAGGAGGCCUUUGGUAAAGUGACCCCUUCCUACAUCAAGGGUCACUACAAGGCUUAUCUGGCAUUGGCCACAGAAGCAUUCAGAUCAGUACUGGGCUUUGAGAGCUGCCUUUUUAAAUUUUCCACAAUGUCCCAGAACUCCUGAGCCAUGUGGGAAAUUUAAUGGUGGCUUCCAGCCACAGUCAUGCAACAAUGAAUGGAGCAUAGGAAACAAGCUGUUGUUUUUUAAGUGAGGUCUGGUUCAGAUGUUAGUUGUGCCCCCUCCAAGGAUCUAGCUCCUCAACAGCUGCCCAAAGGUAUCAUGAGCUGACAACGGAUCUCUAGCAAAGGUUUGCUGAAGAUGCGAGUCCUGAUGUACAGCCAUGAAGGGGGGAACAAGAACAGGGAGAUGACAGCUCUGACAGGCAUUUAUGUAAAACAGGCCUAACAACAGGAACAAGUGUUGGAAUAGGGAGAUGGAGAAUUUAAAGAGGACCAGCAGCUUGAUGCAGAAAAUGGCAUCCAGCUAUACAAUAGAUGUAAUCGGAAGAAGCAAGCCUUCAGUAAAUAUAUGGUGCAUGUGGAACUCAUAAAUACUACCACCUUUGGAAUGUGUGCAGAGACGUUUAGACCCUUGUUUGCCACAUGCGCAAGAGUUUUUUUGGAAUGGCUCUAUGUAAGUGAACUUAGGCUGCUAAAAUUCAGGCUGGCCUAUUAUACCUUUGGGAGCAAAUUAUGACUGUACAUAUAUAUGUGGUCUACAUCUUAGCCUGUGCUGGUUAAUUGUGAAUGCUCCUAGCCUACUCCCUUUACAGCAGAAUGCCAAUGAUUAGCUAGAGCUACAUACAACCUCCAAACAUUUCCCACAAAUGACUCAAAAGAGUUUUUCAAAUUUUUAAGGUGACCAAACAAAUUUAUUAUGCCAUAAGCAGUGCUAGUGUUGUUACAACUUGUGUUAUCACAUAGUGCUGUUGUGAAUGGCCACUCCGCUUGUUUUGUAUACAUUUUUUUGGGUUGAAUUGUCAUAGACUGUACUUCUUGCAUUUCAUUGCCAGUUGACCUCACUCCUUGUGAGUGUGUGUUUAAUCUCUCUACACCCUAGUGUGUGCAUGCAUGUGUACCCACCCUUUUGCCUAUCAAGGGUAAUAUUUCAUGCAUCUGAUGACACAGUCUCGAGUCCAUGACCGCUUAUGCCAUAAUAAAUUUGUCAGUCUUUAAUGUGCUGCAUCACUUUGUUUUUGGAGAGAGGGGAAAAAUCUGUUGUUGCAAUAAAAUAAGCACACGUGUGCUGAAUGUUGUGUAUCUGAAAUGGCAACCAUCAGAGCUUCUAGCUUUUAGAACGGUUUUGUCCCUUUUAAAUGGUGGCACAAUAUUCAUUCAAAAGUAUACUUGCAUUUCUGCUUUCUACCAUCUCUGAAAAUGGCCUUUGCUUUUUCCUGCUUAUAAAGUAACGCUCAGCGAUGAUUCUGUGCCAGACAAUCCUGUGAUCUGAGUGUUCAGGGACUUGUUAGAGCCAGGGCCAUUAUUUUAUCCAUGAGAAACAAAGGAACACAGAACCUCUCCUUCUACCAAGUCAGACCAUUAGGCCAUCCACACAGUAUUGUGAUGCUGACUAGCAGUGAUGCCCCAGAGUUUCAGAUGGGUGUCUUUUCCCAGCCGUAGCCCGAAAUGCCAGGGACUGAACCUUCAAAAUGUGUGUCCUACCACUGAGCCACGGACCCUCUCCUCCAGUAACACUGCAGAUUUGCAUACAGCUCAGCUGGACGGGCAAUAUCCUCACCUCAAGAUUCAUGCGCUCCAGCAGUUCAUGCAAGGUCUUGGGUUUGGGCCUCUUGCUUCUGCUUCGCAAACAGCUCUUUGUAACUGGCGCAGGGUCUUCUGGGAUGAUGUCCACAUAGAUGAACUUGAAGGAGCCCACUUUGUUGUUUAGCAGGCCUGUCCACGUGCCUGCAGGGGCCUUUGCAAUGAUGUGGAUGACAUCCCCUUUCUAUGCCAAAUGCAAAAUGACAUCUUUUAGUCACAUCCGUUCUGAUCUGCCUCUGGGUGAGAUCUAGCAUGAAUGCUCAAUCCUACAGUAACAUAAGUAUUGGUAUGAGCUUAGCCUUUGUCCACUUCCCUCAGAGCGGAGGAUAGAUGUGGUACUUCUGUCACAUAUUUAUUUAUUUAUUAUUUAAUUUAUAUCCCUUCCUUCCUCCAAGCAGGAGCCCAGGGUGGCAUAUAGGAAUGUUACUGUUGAGUUGCUGUCUUUAGCACCGAGUAGUGAUCAGCCUGGAUCUACCUUAUGCUGGAUGACUCCCCCUGAAAACUAGUCCAGCUUAACAAUGGUGCAGGGAGCUCAUCCCUCACUGUCCCCUAUCUCCGUUCUAUAGGCACCGGUACUGUGCCUGUUGCACAGAGAUAGGGAACGUGGGGCCUUCUAUGUGAUGAAGAUGUUGGACUCCAACUCCCAUCAGGCCUAGCCAGCAUGUCCCAUAGUCAGGGAUGAUGGGAAUUGCAGUCCGGCAAUAUCUGGAGGGCCACAAAUUCUCUAUUACUGCUAGGGCAGGUAAGACUAUGUUUUCAAGCUUUAUGGCCAAGGCUAGUCGCAUGUGUUGUUAGGCUGAAGCAGAGAACCCUUGGGCCCAGGGGUCAAAUGUGGCUGUCCAGGCUUCUCUGUCUGGCCCUCAAAACUCUCUCUAGGCCUCACCUCUUGCUAUCCCUGCUUUAUCGUGAGUGCUUUUGCCUGCCUGAAAAACGGGGAGUGCGUACACACCAUCCAUUUAAAGCAUGACUUCUCCCAAAGAAUCCUGGGAACUGUACUUCUGUGAGGGGUAAACUACUGCCCCCAGUAGUUUGCCUGGACAAUUAUAAUGCAAAAAGGAAAUGAAAACCCGUUUCAACUUUGCUGUGCUCCUCAGCGUAGGUGCUUUGUUUUGAUUUUUUUUUUAGUGGGCAGGCGCUCUUAUGCCCCAUUGCCUGCUCCCUCGCUCUCUCUGCGGCCCACAAAAGCUGCCUACGUUGCCUUUCACUCACUCCCCCUUCUAAUCUGUUUCAUAUAGUUUCUUCUCAAGUGCACCCCAGCUCUCCUGCUGGGAGAGAGGGGGCAAUUGACAAGAAACAAUGAAACUGACCAAAAAAAAAACCCUUUAUCCAUUAGCAAUAUCUACACUCAGGAAGAAGUAAACAUGUAAAAUUGGGGGCGGGGCCACAAUGAAACUACAAUACUAAACCUUUCCAGAGGAACACCUACUUCUGUGAAAGGGGAACAGAGGAUUGGAAGCUACCACUGAGCAAGAAGUGUGGACCUUGAAAAGCUAUUGCAAUGGUAAAAGCAGCUUCAUUAGUACGAAGUUAGGCUCCUGUGUGGAUAAUAAUAAUAAUAAUAAUAAAAUUUAUUUCUAGGCCGCCUAUCUGGCCACACAAGUCCCUAGGCUGAAAGAGGGUCCCAUGCCUGCUGUUAGGUACAGCUGAGUGGUUUGUGGACAACAGGCAGAACUAACAUUUGAGAAAUGACAAAGAGGGAUUUCUAUUCAAUUUCCCCCCUCUCAUUUGUUAUAAGAGUCUAAGUAUGGGGAGCCCAUGGCCCUCCAGAUGUUGCUGGACUAUAGCUCCCAUCAUCCCUGACUAGUGUCCAUGCUGUCUGGGGCGGAUUUAUUUUAUUACAUUUAUAUCCCACUUUUCCUCCAAGGAGCUCAAGGUAGUGUGCAAGCAGUUUUCCUCCCCCUGACUUUUGUCCUCACAACAACCCUGUGAGUAGGUUAGGUUUGAGUUGCAGUGACUGGCUCAAGGUCACCCAGUGAGCUUGUGGCCAAGUGGGGUUUUGGUCUCUCAGGUCAUAGUCCAGUACUCUUAACCACUGCACCACACUAUAGUCCAACAACAGUUGAUAAGUUUAUAGCCGGUACUAUAGAGUCUAAAUCAGGUGCGGGGAACCUUUCGCUCUCCAGAUGUUGCUGAACUGCAUCUCCAUCAUCCCUUGCCAUUAGCCAUGCUUUCUGGGGAUGAGGGGACUGUAGGUCAGCAACAUCGGCAGAUCCAAAGGUUUCCCCACAUCUGGUGUAAAUCCUACAGGGGGGCAGCUUUUUUCAUCUGCUGGGAGGAUGAUGCCACAAAGCCACAUGUGCUGAUGAAUAGUUUGAAGUGGAAGACCUUUUUUGUAGGUUGCCGACAGCCAUCUUUGCUAGACCGGGCUGCCUUCCCAGACUCCAAAUGGAGAAGUAGUGCAAAGUGUAGCAUGGUUAGUUACCCACCUGAAGCUUCAGAGAAUCUUUGUCAUAUGGGCUGGGGAUGAAGUCUGUGUGAACUCUGGCUUUUCCACAGAAGGGGCCAACAUAUGGCACGGGGCCACCCUCUUCUCCCAUCUUGCUGUUGCAGCUGCUCCCCAUCAGUCUGGGACUGGACAACUUACUCCCUGCAGGAGGAGAGUUUAGGUCAGAAGCAAGAAAGUGUGGGUUGAUUUUGCAGGAAUUUACAGCUUGUGGACAUUGGGCCUCUUUUAGGUUGGGUGCAGGGGAGGCUGUGUGCCUAGUGAACGCAAACUGUCCCCUUUCAGCAGUUUCCCUGAGGGACUAACUUCUUGUGUUUUUUGGAAAUCUCUCCAAGGCACAUCCCUCAGUCUGGCUGGGUGUGGCUGUAAUGCUACACUCCAGCUUAUGUGCUCUUCCCCAAUUCCUCCAGCCAUCUAAAUAAAUAAAUAAUCCCUGCACAUUGAAAGCUAGUAUGUCAAGGAAAAGGUGAGGCUCAAAAGCAAUAUCUUCUGUACAGAGGGAGGGAGUUGUUGGGCUUUUAGAUUUUUUUUUUGCUUUGGGUAUGGACUAGCAUCCUGCUAUGUGAGCUCCAACCCGCAAUCUGAAGUGCUGUAACCUAGCCCCAGGUUUACCACCUCUUAGCCUUCAUGCUGGGAUAGUUGAAGAAGGACCCACUCACCAUUUGGUGACUGAGGGCUGCUGGUCUCGUCACUUGCCUCUGGGAAGAUGGGGGCUUCGUCUUCAAUGGGGCUACUGAUGGGAGAUGCAGCGUCAUCAGCUUCCCCCUGCAUUAAGGCAACAAGGCACCAUUAAUGUCCCUUUGUUCUUGAAGCAGAGACAGAAGGUUGGCUUUUGAUUUGCUGUGGGUUCGUCUCCCGACCCCGUUUCUUUGCAGCUUCUUGUUUGAUUCUGUUCCUUCUCUGCUCCCCAACUCUGAGGACACCUCUUCCCAUUUGAAAUUAUUGAGUGGCUUUUUUUUUUAGUAACCUGACCCUAUGUUAACUAUUCUGCUUGGCCGCAUCCAUCUGCCAAAUGUCUUUUCCAGCUGGGUAACCCUUUAACUUAGAGGUGUUGGGGUUGAGUUGGGCCAUUGAGUAUGCAAAGCACAUGUUCUAUCAGCAUUGAGCUAUUCAGGCCCAAACUUGAUGUCAGCAGCGCUGUCAAAUUUCAGAUUCUGGGCUUAAUGAUAUGUGCCCUCUAGAGGGUAAGAUGAAUUAUUUCACUCUUCAAAAUACAGUAAGCCAGCUCUCUUGUGUUUGGUUUUGGGCCUGCUCAUUCCACUGUGUGGGGCCUUGGAUUUCUACCCCAAAGUUCUAACCUAGCUAGUUUAAAUGCUAAAAAUGUCAUUAGCAACUACAUCUGUGCAUGUAGGUUUUUUAAAAAAACACCUCCCCCAAGCAGGGGCAGGGUAUAGUAUCUGCUUUACAUGCAGAAGGUCCCAAGUUCAGUCCUCGGCAUCUCCAGGCAGGGCUGGGACACAGCUCUCUGUUUGAAACCUGGAGAUCCACUGCCAGUCAGUGUAGACAAUACUGAGCUAGAUGGACCAAUGCUCUGACUUGGUAUAAGCAGGUUCCUAUUUCCCUACCUGCAUGAUGCAGGGAGUUUUAACCAGUUUCUCCCCCUUCCCUGUGUGUGAAACUUCCCUUCCCUAAGCUGCUAUUAGUUUCAGAAGGAAAAUUCCUGUGCGUACUUUCAUGAUGGGCUAAUAGCAGCUUGUAGGGAGCAUUUUUAGCAGGACCACAGUGUGUGUAAAAAAAAAAAGGGAGGGUUAAACCUUUUAUCCAUAUGAUCCUCACAAAAAAAAUGAGAUCUCUGCUCUUGCUGUUGAUUUUUAAAAAACAAACGGGUACUAAUGACUCAUUUAGUGCGGCAUCUAGCUUGGUCCUCAGACUUCAGUCUUAAUAGUCUUUGGGCAAGCAUUUUCAGAGAUCUAAAAAAACAUAUUUAUAAGCUACUUAAUAUCCAAAAAAUCUCAAGAGUGGUACAGAAAAGGAUAAAGGGUAAACAACACCAACUACCAAAAUAGCAUAAACUACUGUUCAAACAUCACAGUGGCCAAGUAAGAGACAGUGAAAUGCAUGGCGAACAAGCCACUGUGGAAAGGCUUGGUUGAAAAGUCUUUAGCAUGUAUGAAAAACAUAAGAUUGUUGGACUCUUGAGCUGAGGUGCACUGGGCAUAUGGAAGCAGGUGCCAGCACAGGUCCUGAUGGUAGAAUUUCACACAAGAUGCUGGAUUCCAGAACUUGCUUCAGGACUUGGUGUUAUCAGGCAGGUGCUGUGGCCUGCGUGUGGACAAGGCGCCCGUUGCUGAUCCCUGGAGCUCCCACCGCCAUCCUGCUCUGCUGCUGCCAUCUGCCUGUUAACCUGCCCUCCAAGCACUGGGGCAGUGAAAAGAACAAUCCUCUGCUUGUCUUUUCCUCUCUGUCUGGGCAACAGCCUUGUUCCUCACCUGCUCUGCAAGCGCUCUGGCUGCCGCUUUGCCCAUCUUCCUGUUCAUGGUGCGGGAGAUGACAGCCCUCCAUCUCUUGCUCAGCUUUGAGCUGCUGCUUCGGCCUGAGUCAUCUGGGCUGGGCAGAGAGUCUGCCUGACUGCUUUCAGGGACCUGUGUAGAGAGGUAACAAAUUGGGAGGAGCUGGCCUUUUGGAAAGGAGGACGCCUUCAAGUUGGACGUGGGAUGAGAUGAACCAAACCUUCCAUACAUCCCCAGCAUCAGAUGUGCGGAAGUCGGUCUUUUGAAACAGACCAGGUAAUGGUAAGAAGGGUUCCAUCAAAGAAGAGAACCUUCACAAGGCCAUUGGUGAGCUGUGGAUAUUGAGAUAGAACACUGUCCCCCUCUAGAUGUCCUUUUUAUUGUGCAUUCAUGCUGAUCUAUGUUCACGAUGCUAUUGGGACAGUCAUACGUGAUCCCACUUUCAAUACUGUCUGCACCUGCAAAUGUUUUGGGGUGGACAUGCUGCUUUUCCCCCAUUCAGUGCAUACCUUUUUAUACCACAAGUGUUCUGGUUCAUUCUUGCCCUGCUUUUGUUGUGCUAUAACCUCUCCAGAGAACAGUAAUGUGGUAGCACUGGGGAAGCAUCACAGAACAGCUAGUAAAUCCACCAUUAAUGCACUAUUAGUGUGCCAAGAAUAUGUUGCAGAAUACACCUGCAAUAAACACCAAGACAGCAAUGGGGAACCUGUGGCCCUCUGGAUGUUGUCUGGACCGCACCUCCCUUCAACCCUGGCCAUUGGGCAUACUGGCUAGGACUGAUGGGAGCUGGAGUCCAAACAGCAUCUGGAGGGUCCAUGUUCCCCACCCCUGGGCGAAGCUCAUGUGUGCUGCUUCCACAGUUGGAGACGGUACACUUCUGAAUACCAGUUGCUAGAAACCACAGGAGGAGAGAGUGCUGUUGUGCUCAGGUCCUGCUUGUGGGCUUCCCAUAGGCAUCUGGUUGGCCACUGUGAGGAUGCUGGAUUAGGCGCAUUUAAAGCAUGUGGCUUCUCCCAAAGAAUCCUGGAGCUUGUAGCUUUGUCGGGGUAAACUACCAUUCCCAGGGUUUGUGGUGAGGGGACCAAUAUGUUUUAAACAUAUGAUGUGUAUGUCACAAAAUCGUGAUGUUAGCAAUGUAUCUGUGCAGAUGAUUCGGGGGAGUAGCAGUAGGAGCCCAAGGCAGGUUUGAGAGGGGCUGGAUUCACCCAUACCCUGGUCCCUGUGUACGGUCAGAAGUUACACGAGACCAUUGCCUUGCUGAACCUGGUGGUCAGUGCCUGGACGGGUGACUGGGAACCACAUGUAUGCUGCCCUGGGUUGCAUGGUGGAAAAAAGGCAGGAUAUAAAUGUAAGAAAAUAAAUGACUAGAUAGAUUAAACAAUAAGCCUGGGCACAGCUGGAUGCUCUGAGAUUAUGGGGGUGUGUGUACUUACCUCCUCCUCCAGGUUGAAUUCCUUUUCGCUUGUCAUAGGGGAGCUGGGUUUGAACUUGGCAAAGUCCUUGAAGCUGCCAGACCGCUGCAGGGACAGCUAAUGGGAGGAGCACAAGAGACCCGUGUGGGUGGUUGCAGCAGCAGGUAAAUACAAAAGAGCCACCAGUGCCCACUGGCAACUAGGGACCUGUCGGGCUCAGCCUCCUAGUUCUCAUGCAGGGAAGGGCCAGAGGUGAGUGGUAGAGCAUCUGCUCUGCACGCAGACGGUGCCAGGCUCAAUCUCUGGGCAGGGCUAGGAAAAGACUCCGUGCCUGAAACCCUGGAGAGCUGCUGCCAGUCAGUGUAGACAGUACUGAGCUAGAUGGACCAAGGGUCUGACUCAUUAUAACACAGGCUCUUGUAACUAAUCCUGCAGUCAAGCUCAAGCCAGUGUGACUGAAAAAAUGACAUAUCCUUUCCAUUUAUCCCGGCCUCUUGAUUUCCUGUCAUUCCUCUUGUGUCUGCUGUGUUGAAUUUUUAGAUUUGAAGCUUGUGGGGCAGAGAACUGGCCUCUUAUGCAG